AAAAUAAGUUUUUCGUUUUGUAAUCCAAUUAUGAACUUAAGUUUUUUAUACUGCAAACAAAUCAACUAACUGAAUAAUUUAUCUCAAUUCGAAGUUUUCGUUAUUAUUAUGAGUAACAACAAUGAAAACCUCAUUACUAUAUACAUGGUCGAUAAUAAAGGUUUUAUUUGGAAUGCAAAUGGUAAGAAAAGAUUGUUUCUUUAAAUUUCAUUGAUUAAAUUUGAUAAUUAUUAUACUAUUUUUAUUUAUUACUGUAUAACAAAAAAAUAUUUUGAAAAUAUUUUUAUUAAGUACUUCGGGUUUCAGAAAUUAAUUUUUUUGCCUUUUUGGGAAACCAAAAUCUUUAAAUAUACAAUUAUAUAAAUAUCAAUAUCAUUUUAUUUAUGUAAGCUUGGUCUUACGAAGUUUAGGUUUACAUUUAGGACACUAUCAAUUUUGGUAUUGGUAUCAGGUUUAAGUUUAGGUAAGGUUAUUUCUUUCUCCCCCUGUAGGGGAGUUAUUAAGAGUGCUAUGUAGCUGUAGUUGAUAGGCAAAGGUGGUAGGUAUAACCAAGCUGUCUUCUGUCAUUUGAAUGUUCAUUAUAUUGAACUAAUGAUACAUUUUAGAUUUGCAUGGCAUCCUCAUUAUCAAUAUCUUAUACAAAAAUAAAACAUAAGUAUUGUCUGAUUCAGUGGUUCUCAAUCUUUUUAUUUCCCGAAAAUAUAUUGGCUCUCACAUAGUUUUACUAUUCAAAAACUAGUUUAUGAAAACAGGCGGGAAAAUUAAAAAAUGGCCUCUUUAAAGUACCACCCCAGUAAGAAUUCCUUUUGGAAAAGUGCUUUACUUGAAAAUUGGAGCAAAAUUGCUGGCAGAAAAGUUGUCCACAGAUAAAAAUAAAAUAAUAAACAUUAUUGUAAAACCAAUGAAUUCCUCAGAAUCUAAAAAUAUACAUUUUUCGGAAAUAUAAUUCAAAAUGAUUUUCAUGAUCAAUUCAUCGAUUCAUCAAUAAUUGACUAGGGACUCACCAGUGAGUCGCGACCCACAAUUUGAGAAACACUGUCCUGAUUUAUUAAUUUAAUAUUUUAGUUUUCAAUAAUUUUUAUUAUAGUAAACAGUAUUAUCAUAAAUUAAAUCUAUGAUAUUAACUAUUUAUUUUUUAUGUAUAGAUUGGUAUAGUUUACGAACAACGCAUCGAAUAAUGGGUAGUUUAGUUGGAACUAUACCAUCCGAAAAUGAUGGUGAUGAAGAAGAGGAAGAAGGCCUACCUUCUUAUUUGUUACCUGAAGAAGUACGAUUACUAAUUGAGAAGGGUAUAUGCUGUGCUGUAAAGCAUCCAACAAAUUAUAAUUUUGAACCGAGUAUGAAAAAUGAAACUAUUAGAAGUAUUAUAGAAAACCAAACAAUAGAUGAAACUAAAGAAAAUGUGGGAAAUUCCAAAGUUAAUUUUACUUGUAUAAAAGAAUUAAAUUCAAAAAUAAUUGAUCCAUUACCUGAACUUAAGGAAGCAGAAAGGCUAAAAUAUAAAGUUUUUAAAGAUUUGUGGUCAAAAGGAUUCUAUUUAACCUGUGGUAUAAAAUUUGGAGGAGACUUUUUAGUCUACGAAGGUGAGAUUUUUAAAUUUAUUAAUUUGUUAUAUUAUGUUAUAUAGGUAAUUUUCAGUUAUCUCAACUGUCUAAGAUUUUCCAGGAAUCACAGUUAGGUUAUUUUGACUAGAUAAUUGAUGCUGGUUUCAAUCACUUAACAGUUAAUUAUAAUUACAAUUUAAUGAAUCCUAAAACAGAUGCUGACACACAAAAUAUUGAACACAUAAUCAACAUUUUGAUACCUAUUUGGUUGAAUUUAUAUGGCCUUUACCAAUAAGUAUUUCACAACAUUUUAUACCUUAUGUAAAUUAUUCAUUUUAUGUAUCAAUUAUUAACUGUUUUUAUCCCAAUAACAAAUUGUUUAUAGUUUAUAUUUUGGAUUUUGAGUAUACAGAGGAUCAAUUGAUUUUGUUAUGAUAAUUUUUUUUCUGUCUGUAAACAACUUUUUUACCUAGAAUCUUACUCAAAUCAAAAUAUAAUACUAGUCCUUUUUUAAAAAUGAAGAAUAAGAAAGUCGUGUUUUGAUUUUUUAACCAGUUUUUUUAUUAAUCGAGAAAUUGUAGAAUAGCAUUAAUAGUUUUGUUAUUUUGAAUUUUGGUUUAUUUUUUGUAAAUCAUUUGUUAAAAAUUAUUAUUAAGUUGAAAUUUUCACAGAAUACUUUUAUUAGCUUUUCUAGCUUUGAUAAAAUAUUUUUAGUUUUUAUUUAGUAGGUAGGUACUAUUGUUUGGUAAAAUAAAAAUACAUACAAAUUUAACACGAGGUUAGGUUAGAUGUACAUUUUUUUUUUAUUUAACACUUUAGUUAAUACUAUUAAACCCUAAUAUUACAGUUUAAAACAUAAAUGAGAAAAAAAUCAAAAUUUAGAUGACAAAGACAUUCUCUAGGAUAAAUAAGAUGAUUAGUAUAAUAACAUUUUUAGAAUUAGAAAUUAGUAUAGCAGAAUCAUUGAGAGGUAUAUUGUAACAAAUUUAUAUAAUUUUGGAGCUUGUUAUUACAACUUUUUAAUUUUAGAUUCUGAGUGGAGUGAAGAAACUUAUGGUUUUAUAAAAAUGUUUAUUAUUAUUUUUUUUUUAUUGUGAAUAACUUUUCUACUUUUUUGAGAUCUUGCUCCGUUUUAAGUGUUCUAAAAGGAAAUUAAACUUGGGAGAUACUUUAGGAAGGUCAUUUUUCAAUUUUCUUAUAAGUUUUCUCAUCAAAUGUGUUAAACCGAAAAAAAAAAACAGGAAAAUAUAUGAAAUGUAGGUUAUCGGUUAAAAAAUAUUACUGCCUUCUUUUUUUCCUGUAAACAACUUUUCUACCAGCAAUUUUGCUCCCAUUCCACACAACAGUUGCUGCACCCACAAAGUAUGCUUAUCUUUUUAUUAAUACAUAUAUUUGUAUGUAUACAAGUCUUAUAUUAUAAGAUGUAUUUCUGCUGGUGUAUAAUGAAUAUGUAUUUUUAGUGUGUUAAUUUAAAUUUUGAUUUGUUUUACAAACUUUUUCCUCAUUGCCUUGAAAUGUGGUAUAUGGCAAGUAGACUGUAUUUGUUUUUGUUAUUAUUAAUAAUGUUUUAACAAUAAUACGGUGUUCAUCUGUGGUAGUCAAAAUAACCUAAUUGUGACACUUGCUGUAGUUUAGUUUCCAUAUAUACAAGUAGUGGAUAUAACCAAAAAGUACUUAAUUUUAAUAUACUUAUUUAAUAUUGCAUGUAUUUUUUUUUUUCAAGGUGACCCUACGAUACAUCAUGCAUCAUAUAUAGUGAAUUGUAUAGAUUCAGAUGAAAAAAUGUUUGUUUCACAAAGUAGAGUUAGUUCAAUUACUAAUAAGAAAAUGGUGUUAGCAAAAGAAGAUGGAGACUCUAUUAAGUAUUUAAUAUAUGAAUUAGGUAUCACAUCUUUUGAAAACCCAUAAAUAUGCAAUAGCAUUAUUGUACAGUUGUGUAUACAUUGAAUGGAGUUAAUAUUAUAAAAUUGAUAUUAUUAAAAUUAUAUGAAUAUAUUUAAAAAGAUACAAAGCCAAAAAAUACAUAUAUAAAAACAUUUAUAAAAUUAUGUGAAUUUAAUAUUUAAGGAACUUAGAAAUAUUUUAGAUCUUAAGAUAAUGAAAAUAAUAAAUAUAGCUUUAGUGUAAUCAAUAUUAACUUACAGCUUAAUUGUAUGGGCAUUUAUAUAUAAAACCUUGGAGUCAGUAAAUUUAGUUCAGAAAAUUCUGGUUAGAGUUAUGCUAAAAAAUUAUAAUGUGGAAAAUCACUGAACAGAUGAUUUAUUAAAAAGAAAUUCUUUAAGUAAUUUAAUAUACACAUGUAAGCAACAAUAAACUUUAUGUAAAACCAAUUCUGAGCACAGUUCAGUUGAUAGUGCUGUUUUGUCAACAUUAUAUUACAUUAUAUGGUAAAAUUUCAAUUUCAAAAUUCAAAUGGAUCAAGUUUUUUUUGGUUUUUCACAUUUGAUGAUAAAACUUUUGAUUAAAUCUAUCUCUGAUUUCAAAUUAAUUAAUUAAUUAACAUUUCAUUAUCUUUAAACCUAAAAAUACAGACAUACUAAGUAUGUGGGUGGACCACUGUUGUACUUGAGAAGUUGGGAAGGAAGUAAAGAGGAAAUUGAUUGUAUAUUUAAAAACGAUUCUGAGCGAGUUCAGUUGAUAAUGUUGUUUUGUCAAAAAUAUAUAUGUGACAUUAUGGUAAAAUAGUAACAUAAUAUGCAUUACAUAUUUUCUUUAAUAAUAUUUGUUUAAUAUUGUAUUUAUUAUGUUUCUGUUUUUCCUAUUUAUUGGAAAACUGAAAAAAUUGAAAAAUGACCUUCUUAAAGUACCUUUUUCCAGUCUGAUUUCUUUUUAGAAAAAGUGCUAUCAUUGUAAAUCGGAGAAAAAUUGCUAGCAAAAAAUUUGUUUGCAGGAAAAAAAUAGGCCAAAAUAUUUAUUUAUACAUUUCGUACAUUUUCCUAGUUUUUCUAAUUUGUUAAAAAUUUUUUUAAAUUAAAAGAAAUUCAAGGUUAAGUACCUAAUUACUAUAAAAUUUCUAAAACAUAAAAGAUUUAAUAUUAACAACCUUUCAAAUAUAUAUUAAGUAUAACUAAAUAUGUUUAACAUAAGAUACAAAUUACUCAAUAUGCAGUAGUAUUAUCAAUAAUAUACCUAUUUAAUAAAUUAUGAUGAUGAAGUUUGAUUGUUAUUAUUAUAAGUCAUUCACAGAGUAUAGAUUGAAUAGAAACUAAAUAUUAUAAACAUAUUAUUUUUUAAUUUCUUUUUAUUACCAAUAGUAAAUUGUAAAAAUACCCUAGAGGCUGUUUAAAUCAAAAUG